AUGUCAGGUCCGAGUCAACCAAUCGGGUCUCCACUGAGUAGAUGGGAAAGCAUAGAACGACUUAGUAGAAGACUAUCAAUAGAAGCGGCCGUUCCUGAGGUCAUCCCUCUGCAAUUGGAAUUAUCGCAUUCUGCUUCUCGCCCUCUUAGAACAAACAGCCGAUCAGAGCGACAAUCCGUCAAGUUGGAUUACGAUGAGGACGUACAUGAGAAGAGAUCAGGGGAGCGAGAAGGGUCGACUAAAUCGAAUGGUGCAUUGUCCGAUAUACAAGAGAAAGAGAAGGAUGUAGAGGUUGGAGAAAAUGUAGAAACCAAAGAUUCUGAAGUGAUUCCCUCGGUCAAGUUAUCGAGGAAUAGGUUAAUCCUAAUCGGGGCUGCUAUGUUCUUUUCGAAUUUCACUUCUACGAUUUCUACAUCCACUGUUAUGCUGUCGAUUCCUUCUUUGGCAGAGGAUCUUGGUAUAUCCGUUUUGUCUGCUCAAUGGGUGAGUCUCUUGACUCCUCUAUCACUUGGUAUCCUCAUAUCGGGUCGACUUGCAGAUAUGUUUGGACGACGAAUACAACUCAUGGUAGGCUUGAGCAUAGUGGUUGUAACUUCUUUGAUCACGAAAUUCAUGCGUGUCAGAAUAGCCAUCUGUGUCCUUCGUGGUAUAGGAGGAUUCGGAAUGUCACUCGCUUCCCCAGCAGCAUUCGGUAUUUUGGGUACGACAUUCCGAGAAGAACCAGCUAGGACUAUAGCCUUUUCAAUCAUGGGGAUGGGAUUACCCGUAGGAGGUUCGACGGGUCUUAUCAUUGGUGGUGCCGUGGCUAGUGCAGGGAGACACGGCUGGUCAUACGUCUUUUUAGUCAUCAUGGGUUUCGCUUUAGUCCCCCUCACCUUAGUCUUCUUCUUCGUCCCUCCGGAACCUAAACGAACAUUAUCCCCUGGGUGGAUCAAGACGAUCGAUUGGUUUGGUGCUUUUCUGAUCGGUGGAGGGAUUGCUCUGUUCUUAUUCUCGAUCACUCAAUCUGGUCUAGUAGAACGGGGAUGGUCAGAACCAUACGUUCCAGCUUGCACCGGUAUAUCCAUCCUCAUGUUACUCGCUUUUGGAUUUUGGGAACAUCACGUGGAACAUCAUCUUUCACAUAUACUACAACCAAUUCUUAAAUUAUCUCUCUUGACAAGACAUAAUUACAAAGUCGCAAGUAUUAUCGUUUGCGCUUUCUGUUCUUUCUCUUGUACGGCAGGAUGGAUUUUCAUGGCUACUGUUUAUUAUCAAGAAUAUAAAGGUUAUUCACCUUUAUUGAAUGCUAUACAUGUUAUUCCUGCUACUUUAUGUGGGAUAAUAGCAAUGGCCGCCGUCAUGUACCUAGCACCGAGAAUUCGCGCUCCAUACUUACUUAUGACAGGAGCUAUCCUCGGAGGCGUGGCAAACUUAUUGUAUGCUGUCGAACCUGAUGGUCUGACCUAUUGGGCGGCGGAAUUACCGGCACAAAUUUUGUUACCUUAUUCGACGGAUAUGAUGACUGGUGUAGGGUCUAUCUUGAUGGCUAAUUUGGUUGAACAACAUGAACAAUCCCUCGCUGGUGGAUUACUUCAAACAGGCGUUCAGACCGCUAUCCCUACUUCAAUAUGUAUAGUUUCACUCGUACAAUCCAAUCGAGCUCAAAUCACCGGUAGUCUCCGAACGGGAUUAAGAGAUGGGUUUUGGUUUUCCUCCGCAUGGGGUUUCUUCGCCGCAUGCCUCAUUUUCGUCUCAUUAGGUAAAGUCGGUCUGGCCAAAGAUGUAGGAUAUCAAUAUGGGAUACGUAAACGACCUGAAGAAGAGACGAGUGGGAAUGAUACGGUUCAAGAGUGA